CAGAAUCCACCAACCCUAUAAAGAAAAAAAGAAUGCUCCCUAAUUAAACAUGCAGCCGCUGCCAAAACAAAUACCCAUCUUCCUUCUUCUCUUCCUUCCUUCUCCUAUUGAUCUUAAACACUAAUCCCAUACUUCUUCUCUUCAUUGUUUCGAUAUCAAUCGCCGUUAUCUUUCUAUCUUCAGGUCGUAAAAGUACGACGCAUCGCUCUCGACAUAACCUAGAAGAAGACUAUAUACACUAAAUAAAGUUCUCUCUCCCUCUAUAUAUAUAUGAGAAGUGUAGAUAGUUGUAGCUACUUUUCUUACUUGAAGGUCUUGCUUGGAGCUGUGGUUGUGGGGCUGUUUGUAUGGCUUUUAAUCGUUGGGUCGCUGCCACCAGGGAGAACAACAAGCCGGCGGCCGGCAGCUGAGUCUGAAGUUGAGGGAAGCCAUGUCAUGAAGCAAGCUGAGGAAUUGGCUAACAACAACCAUCCAAAGUUGGAUCCUAACUUUAUGAGCAAAGUUAAAGUUCCUAAAGGACCAGACCCCAUUCAUAACAGGAGAAUUGGGGUUAAAGGAGGACCUCCCAGAGGAGCUUAGACUUUGUACACAGAAAGGCAUAGAUUCCUUCCUCAGCUUUAUAUAGCAGUUUAAAUAUUUAAAGAUCAUUAUUAUGAAGAUUUCUUUUUUCUUUUCUUUUUUUGGGUAAUUUCAAUAAGGGGAAAUGUAUAAAAUCUCUGAAUAAAUCUGGAUUGUAUAGAAUUGACGCACACUCAACUUUGUACCUUUUGUAGAACACUAACUCUUCAUAAUAUCCCUCAAAUUUUUCUAAAAA